GUGUAUUUGUGUGUGUGUGUGUGUGAGAGAGAGAGUGAAAGAAAGAGAGCACUCCGAGUUAAGUUUCAUUUCACUGAAGUACCACAGCUUCGUCACAAACGUCUUCAGACUAAAAAGCAAGGUUCACCCCUACCAUUCCCCCAUUGCAGUGAUGGCAGUACAACAUCAAACUACCAUUGUUACAACCCAGCAGGUUUCCUCUGGUACCUGGACUACAGGGAUAUGUGACUGCUGUUCUGAUAUGGGCACUUGUUGCUGUGCCUUAUGGUGUUUCCCCUGCAUGCAGUGUCAGACUGUCUCUCAGUUUGGCUGGUGUUUCUGUAUGCCAUUGCUAGACUGCUGCAUGAUAGUAUCCUGCUGUCUUCGCCAGAAGAUGAGAGCGCAAUUUAACAUCCAUGGUUCCUGCUGUGAUGACGUUUGCACUCUCUGCUGCUGUUUUCCAUGUGCCUGGUGUCAAAUGACUCGAGAAAUCAAGAUUCGUGCUCGGUCUGGUGCUGUGGUCACCCAACAAAUAAUGCACCAUUGAAUAUCAGUUUUGCUAUGAGCUCCAUCAGUAUGGGCAAUGAUUCAUUGAGUAGGCGAGGGGGGGAUAUAUUUUUAUGUAUCUAUUAUGCUUGUUGACUUUUUUAUUUUCAAAUUUCAAAUUUUAUUUAGCUGUUAUUCUCCUGUUGCUGAUCUCUCAUUUUGUGUAACCAAUACACAUAUAUUUGUAACUAAUUUCAAUAUAUAUUAAAAUGAAUGGUAAAAAUAAUGGAUAUCUAAAAAACAUCUUGAUUGAAUAGAUCAAAAUAUUGCCUUAUAAAAUUAAUCUUUUCUACAGUUUUUGUUUACAUUUACUGCCGCUUCUGUAUUAGUUGAAACAUUUCAGUA